AUGGUCUCAUUUAUGUCAGCCAAAGAAAUGGGAUGGCUUAGGCUUCAGGAAUAUCAGAAGCUUCAAUCUGUCUCUUAUCUGCAAACAGGAAUAAUCAAGCAGAACCAGAGAAUAGGUGAUGGCAGUCAUGUUCAUAUUUGGGGAGAUAAUUGGCUCCCUGAUAGAUUGAAUCCAAGAAUUAUCUCCUAUCCAUAUCCCCUCAUGGAACAUGUUACAGUAGCCGAUUUGAUUGAUCCAAACCUGUAUGGCUGGGAUGAAGAUGUUAUAAGAUCCAUGUUUAAUCAAAGAGAUGCAAACCUCAUUAUGCGUAUCCCUCUGCCCAGGCAUCAUGCUCAUGAUAAACUUAUUUGGGGAACGGAAGAUGAUGGGAUGUUCUCUGUGAAGAGCUGCUAUAGGGUGCUGCAAGGUGUCUUAGAUGAUAAUGACAUUCAAGGUUUGAGCAAGAUAUGGAGUUGUAAAAUUCCUCCCAAGGUGAAGACAUUCAUAUGGCUAAAUUGGAUCAACACCAUGCUGACAUCUUUACCCAAGAGCACUUUCUGCAAUUUCCUCACGAUAUGCUGGAAUAUCUGGUCGCUAAGGAACAACAUCCUCUGGAAUGGGCAAGCAAUGGACUUGGCAGUUUUCACAGUACGGAAAGCAAAAGAUUUCUACAACAACUGGUUUAAUGCUACUAAGGACAAUCUUCCUACCUCACAGUCCCAUAAUGCUAGUGGAGCCCGAUGGACGACAACAUUGCCAGGAUACCUGAAGCUCAACGUAGAUGCAACAAUCGACAAUCAGAGUUCUCGCAUGGGAUUCGGGUGUGCCUUAAGAGAUGAUCAAGGUCAAUUUGUUGCAGCCAGAGGGACACAUUGGAGAGCGGAUUCGCUCCAAGUGGUGCAAGCGAUUAAUUCUAUGAAGGGCGAUUCCUCUUUUCAUCUUGUUUUAAAUGAUGUUAAAAACUUAUUGAGUUCGUUUACUCAAGUUAGUUUAUGUUUCGUUAGGCGAUCUGCAAAUCAGGCUGCACAUCUGUUAGCAAAGCAGUCUGUUUCUUUGUCUGAUGCUCAGAGUGGUUCUUAA